AUGUGGAGGUUGAAAGUUGGACAAGGGAAUGGAGAAGAUGAUCCGUAUUUGAUCAGUACUAACCACUUCGCUGGUCGGCAAAUAUGGGAGUUUGAUCCAAGUGGCGGCACAUCGGAGGAACGAGCAUCAGUUGAAGAGGCUCGCCGUAGCUUCUACGAUAACCGCCAUAGAGCUAAAGCUUGCAACGAUCUUUUAUGGCGCAUGCAAUUCCUAAGAGAAAAGAACUUCGAGCAAGUAAUCCCGCCGGUUAAGGUCGACGAUGCUGAAACAAUCACCAACGAAGCAUCGUCCAACGCAUUACGAAGAAUCGUUCACUAUUUCUCGGCAUUGCAGAGCAGCGACGGUCACUGGCCAGCUGAAAUCACUGGUCCACUCUUCUACGCUCCCCUGAUGGUGUUCUCUCUAUAUAUCACAGGACAUCUUGAGAAGAUACUCAGUGCAGAACAUCAGAAGGAGAUGCUUCGACAUAUCUAUUGUCACCAGAAUGAAGAUGGUGGGUGGGGAUUACACAUAGAAGGCAAGAGCAGUAUGUUCUGCACCGCACUGAACUACAUAUGCUUGCGUAUUCUUGGAGAAGGUCCAGAUGGAGGACCAGGACAGGCGUGCAAGUCUGCUCGGCAAUGGAUUCUUGAUCAUGGUGGUGUGACUUACAUUCCUUCUUGGGGCAAAUCUUGGCUUUCUAUGCUUGGAGUCUAUGAUUGGAGUGGAACCAACCCAAUGCCUCCAGAGAUAUGGCUGCUACCUUCUUUUCUUCCAAUACAUCUUGGGAAAACUUUAAGCUUCUGCCGGCUGGUUUAUCUCUACAUUUCCUACUUUUAUGGGAAGAGAUUUGUUGGUCCAGUAACACCUCUAGUUAUGCAACUGCGUGAAGAACUCUACCUACAGGCUUAUGAAGAUAUCAAUUGGAACACAGCAAGGCGUCUAUGCGCAAAGGGAGAUAUGUAUUAUCCUCAUCCUUUUAUUCAAGAUUUGGUAUGGGACAGUCUUCAUGUUUUCGUUGAGCCUCUCCUUUCACAUUGGCCACUGAACAAGCUUGUGAGAGAGAAGGCUCUUAGGGUUGUGAUGGAGCACAUACAUUAUGAAGAUGAAAAUACGCGGUAUAUCGACACUGGAUGUGUUGGGAAGGCAAUGUCCAUGCUUGCUUGCUGGAAUGAAGAUCCAAACGGUGAAUAUUUCAAGAAGCAUCUCGCUAGGAUUCCAGAUUACUUAUGGAUUGCAGAAGAUGGGAUGAAACUGCAGAGUUUUGGAAGUCAACUAUGGGACACAUCACUUGCCAUUCAAGCUUUACUUGCUACUGAUCUCUCUAGUGAAAUCUCUGAUGUACUCAAGAAAGGACAUGAUUUCAUCAAGAGAUCUCAGAUUAGGGAAAACCCUUCUGGUGAUUACAAGAAGAUGCACCGCCACAUUUCAAAAGGAGGAUGGACUUUUUCUGAUAGAGAUCAGGGAUGGCAAGUGUCAGAUUGUACAGCCGAAGCAUUUAAAUGUUGUCUUAUGCUCUCCAUGAUGCCACCUGAGGUUGUUGGCCCAAAAAUGGAUACUGAGCAGCUAUAUGACUCUGUGAACCUCUUACUCUCUUAUCAGAGUAAAAAUGGAGGUAUAAUAGCAUGGGAGCCUGCACGUGGAUAUGGAUGGUUAGAAUUGUUCAACCCUACAGAGUUUAUGGCAGAUGUUGUAAUCGAGCGUGAGUACGUUGAAUGUACUUCAUCGGUUAUCCAAGCAUUGGUUCUGUUCAAGAAACUAUAUCCAGAUCACAGGACUAGAGAGAUUGAUAGAACUAUUGAAAAGGGGGUGCAGUUCAUAGAAAACACACAAGAGGCUGAUGGUUCAUGGUAUGGAAGUUGGGGAGUUUGCUACACAAAUGCAACAUGGUUUGCUCUUGGAGGCUUGGCAGUAACAGGUAAAACGUAUGACAACUGUUUGGCUAUGCGUGAAGGUGUUGACUUCCUUCUCAAGAAACAAAACAGCAAUGGAGGUUGGGGAGAAAGCUACCUGUCUUGCUCUGAAAAGAGAUACAUAGGAUUAGAAGGAGGAAGAUCAAACCUGGUGCAAACCGCUUGGGCAUUGAUGGCUCUGAUUCUAACAGGACAGGCCGAGAGAGAUCCAUUGCCUCUUCACCGAGCUGCGAAACUAAUCAUCAAUUCACAGUUAGAAAACGGAGACUACCCUCAACAGGAGAUGACAGGAGUGUUCAUGAAGAAUUGUUUUCUAAACUAUGUCACCUACAGAAACAUCUUCCCCUUAUGGGCACUUGCAGAGUACCGUAAAGUUACUUAACUUAUUGCACCUAAUGAAGAUUUUUAAUUCAACACAAUUCAUAUCCAAUAUGUC